AUGAAGCGUAAGAUGCUAGUGAGUAGAAUUGGUCAGUGUCUGGUGACGUUGGUAGUGUUUGCAGUUGUUUCUAUUAGUGCACAAACCGUUGAUGGGGAUGUAGAGGUAGCGACGGUUGAUGGUGAGCAGGUGGUUAAGAUCAGGUUUGACCCGUUCAUGGACCUGUGCCGGGGGACAUACACUGAACCGUCUGCCAUAACUAGCACACUGUACUGUUUGUAUGAUGUGCGCAACACACACAGUCUCCUGUCCCCGAGUAAGGUGGAAGUGCUCCAUAACGAUCCAUUUGUCGCUCUCAUACACGACAUGGUGUAUGAUAGUGAGAUCGAGCAGCUGCAAUCAUUGGGAGAUGCGACCAUUAAACGGUCCGGCCCUACCAACGAUAGCUGGCUGCCAGUGUUUUACGACAAUCAUCAAACAUACACGCUGCACGAUCGGGACCAUCCGGUGGUAGAGCGUUUGACACGCCGCAUCGAACGUGCGACGGGAUUGAGCUGCGAAACGGCGGAAGAUUUGAAGGUUAUCUACAACGAAGUCGGUGCGUAUAGGACAGGUGAUAUAGAUUCCAUCCAGACGAAGGAGGACUUUCAUCGUUUUUCCUAUUCCGGGGAUCGGUUAGCAACGGUUUUAUUCUUCCUGAGUGACGUCGAGCAGGGUGGAUACACCAUUUUCCCAAAGCUACGUGUCGCUAUUCCACCCCGCAAAGGUGCGCUGGCGUUCUGGUACAAUCUGAAGGAUACCGGUGAAGCAAAUCCCCUAAUGAAGUACAGCAUCUGUCCACUGAUGUCGGACGAAAAAUGGACGGCAAAGAAACUGAUCCACACACGUGGUAAUGAGCUGCGCCAUCUGUGCCGCCCGGAAUCGGCACCGAAUCCGGACUCGAAGAACACAUACUAA